UCAAAAAGUAUUUCUAUUUCCUAAUCAUUCGAACUAUUCCAUCAUGCCGAAAAACGCACAUCCACCAAGGGGUGGCCAAACGAAAAAGCCAAAAUCGGUUCCCCCAGAGGAAGACACAAGCUUCAUUGUAUUUGGGAACGGCAAGGAAAAGAAGUCCAAAAAAGCAGAUGCUUCCUCGAAGCCUGCAGACGACAAGAGCAACGCAAAGGGGAAGACGGCCGCGGGUCCAUCUGAAGAAGGACCGAAACGACCAGACACCCGGACUUUGAUAGGCGGCGCCUCCUGGACCGGAAAGCUUCCUGUGAAUCUACUUUCAGAACAUUUCCAGAAGCAGAAAUGGGCGAAGCCAGACUAUCGGUUGCGUCGACAAGGGGAGAAGCACUUGGCCCAAUCUGUGGUGUUGUCGAAGGUGAACCCAAAGACUCAGGAGACUACCACACUUCCACCAAUUGAGAUACCAAAGGAACUUGAGAGCGAGGCACGUCACCCAACCGCCGUCGAAGCACGUAACUUCGCCGCAGCAUACGCUCUGUUCCGGGUUGCAAGUGCUAAAAACAUGCAUAUGAUGAUGCCUCCAUCUUAUCGCGACCUGUGGAAAGGCAUCUUCACGGAUAUGAAGAAAGCAGAUGAAAGGAACGGAAAAGCUUGGAUGUAUGAGCCGGAUCCAUUCUUCGCAUACCAGGAGCGACAGAAAGCCGAGGCCGCGGCAGCAAAAGAACGCGAGAAGAAGCAGAAAGAGAGGGAGGAUGCGAAAAAGACACAGAACCUCCAACCGGGCAUGUCUCUGCCUAAUUCGCGGGGACCGUCCCCUGGACGUAACAACCUCCUGAAAGGCUGGGAAAGAGUGCCCAAAAUUGAGCUGGGCGAGAAGACGAGAAAGGAAGCUGAGAGGUUGAUUCGCAGGGAUGCACUGUGGAAUCCUCAUGAUGUUCCGAUGGACCCUCGCCAGCGCAGUCGAAUUCUUGACGAAGUUACAGACUUGGGCUUUCGACGCAGUCACGUUGAAGAGGCAAUCAAUGUAUGCAAAGACAGAGAGGAAGUAAUCGAGUGGCUUCUCAUUCACGUCCCGGAGGACGAUUUGCCUUCUUGGAGUCUUCCGGAGGGUUACGUUGCUGGUAUCAGCAUGGCUAGUUCUGAUCUCAAGAGAGAAGGUGCCAUCAAACGCCUCGCAGCAGCUGGUUAUGCAAGCGAACUAUGCGAAGAAGCAUUCGACAAUCAAUGUAGAGAUGAAGGCAAGGCUGCUGCAUAUCUCCAAGCCCGACUACUACGGCCAACAGAGGAUGAAAAGGAUGUCGCUCAAGAAUUAGCUUCCCUGACUAUUAGUAACGAUGACCCUGAAGGAGGGGAUGCUUGGGAGGAAGAGCAAAUGUCCCUUGAAGCAAUUUACGGCGACCUUUACGAAAGGCCAUCGCCUACAGUAUGUCGCAUUCAGCUCGACAUUAAGCAGCAAGGGAAACGCCUGGUUCUUCAAGCGAGGAAACCAGUUGGUCCUUACCCAUCUGUUUUGCCAAUCAUUACGUUUGAAGCAGGUAUUCCUUCAUAUAUUCGGCUCAGUAUCAUACGACAGGCUCUCCUACACGCCGAAACUAGCUUCAUCGGCGCACCCAUGAUAUUCGACAUCGUGGAUUGGGUUCAGCAAAACGCAGGUGCCAUCUUCAAGGAUCCUGGACGGCUGACAGAUGUAUCGUCAGGAGCUUCCGUCAAAGAGCGUCAACAUCUUGAAGAACAAGCGCACAAGAAGGGCCGCAAGAGUCGUGCCAGACAGCCUAUCAGAUGGGACAUAGGCUCGCAGAUUAGCCGAAAGAUACUUUCGGACUGGCAGAUCAAGCAAGGCACAGAAGCUCAGAAGAAGAUGAUGACCGCCCGGCAAGGUUUACCUGCCUGGAAAUUGCGCGAAGAAAUCGUGAGAGCAGUCAAUGAUAGCCAAGUUUGCAUCAUCUCUGGAGAGACCGGGUCCGGAAAAUCGACACAGAGUGUACAGUUCGUCUUGGACGACUUGAUACAAAGACAACUCGGUGGUGUGGCGAACAUUAUCUGUACUCAGCCUCGCAGAAUUUCAGCUCUAGGACUUGCAGAUCGCGUAGCGGACGAACGAUGUGCCCAGGUUGGGGAAGAAAUCGGCUAUGCUAUUCGCGGAGAGUCGAAACAGAAGCCAGGUACUACCAAGAUCACAUUUGUGACUACUGGUGUUCUGCUUCGGCGUCUACAGACAUCAGGCGGUAGUGCGGACGAUGUCGUCGCCGCUCUGGCCGACGUCAGCCACGUAGUGGUUGAUGAAGUGCACGAGCGUAGUCUUGACACUGACUUUCUCCUGGUUCUUUUGAGAGACAUUCUCCGAAAGCGAAAAGAUCUCAAAGUCAUUUUGAUGAGUGCUACUCUUGAUGCAGAUGUUUUCGAGGCGUAUUUCCACGAUGUCGGCCCCGUAGGCCGCGUAGAGAUCCAAGGGAGAACAUAUCCAGUGGAUGAUUAUUACGUCGAUGACAUUGUUCACUUCACCAACUUUCGUGGCGGCAGGAACGAAGACUUUGAUGAUACCCCAGACACAAAGUCACUGUCUGCAAACCUCCGCAGUAUUGGCUUUGGUAUCAACUAUGAUCUGAUCGCAGAGACGGUUCGAUACAUCGAUCAACAGCUCGGAGACAAGGACGGGGGCGUCUUGAUUUUCCUUCCUGGUACAAUGGAAAUUGAUCGAACUCUGCAAGCACUACGGCAAUUUCCCAAUUUCCACGCUUUACCUCUGCAUGCCUCGUUGCUACCAGCAGAGCAGAAGCGAGUAUUCCCUCGUGCUCCAGCAGGAAAACGAAAGGUCAUCGCAGCGACAAAUGUCGCGGAAACAUCUAUCACUAUUGAGGAUAUCGUUGCAGUCAUAGACACCGGAAAGGUCAAAGAAACCAGCUUUGAUCCGCAAAACAACAUGGUUCGAUUAGCAGAGACUUGGGCUUCACGCGCUGCCUGUAAGCAACGUCGUGGCCGUGCAGGACGUGUGCGCGCCGGACAGUGCUACAAACUUUACACGCGCAACGCCGAGGCCAAGAUGAUGGAGCGUCCCGACCCUGAGAUUCGACGCGUGCCUCUGGAGCAACUUUGCUUGUCCAUCAAAGCUAUGGGCGUGCAAGAUGUGUCCGGCUUCUUGGCUAGUGCCCUGACUCCCCCAGAGAGUACCGCAGUUGAGGGGGCUAUCAAGCUGCUCGGUCAGAUUGGAGCAAUUGAUGAUGAUCAGCUCACUGCACUCGGACGACACCUCUCCAUGAUUCCAGCCGAUCUUCGUUGCAGUAAACUUCUUGUCUUUGGAGCCACUUUUGGAUGUCUCGAAGCAACACUCACUAUUGCAUCAGUACUCACAACUCGGUCUCCGUUCCUCUCUCCAAGGGAGCGUGACCAAGAAACCCGCGACGAGUUUAGUCGUGUACGAUCAUCAUUCUCCCAGAACCAAGGCGACCUUUUGAUUGAUCUUCGUGCAUACGAGCAAUGGUCUGGCAUGCGAGCCAAGGGAGUCCCCAACUGGGAAUUGCGACGAUGGUGUCAAGAUAACCGACUUUCGUCACAGACGUUGUUCGAUGUUGCUAGCAAUCGCUCGCAGUAUUUAUCAUCUCUGAAAGAGAUAUCACUCAUACCGACAUCAUAUUCGUCCAACAACACAAACACGUAUGGCGCCUACAACAAGCAUAACGCUAAUGAUGCACUCCUGCGUGCACUCAUAGCUGGUUCCUUCAAUCCACAGAUUGCCCGCAUCCAGAUGCCAGACAAAAAGUUCGCGGCAGGCAUCGCUGGCGCUGUCGAGCUGGAUCCUGAAGCUCGAACUAUAAAAUACUUCAAUCAAGAGAACGGUCGUGUGUUCGUGCAUCCAAGUUCCAUCAUUUUCGAUGCACAAACAUUCCCGUCGAAUGCAGCAUUUAUCGCAUACUUCAAUAAGAUGGCAACGUCCAAGAUAUUUAUUCGCGAUAUUACUCCUUUCAACGCUUACUCCUUGCUCAUGUUCGCUGGCUCGAUUUCAGUUGAUACGCUAGGACGUGGUCUUGUUGUUGAUGAAUGGAUACGUCUUCGAGGCUGGGCUAGAAUUGGAGUUCUCGUCAGCAGGCUGAGGGGUAUGUUGGACGCAGUGCUUGACAAGAAGGUUAGAGAACCGGGAAAAGACAUGGACGAUAUGGAUAGAGAAGUAGUGGAUUGUGUAAGACGACUAGUAGAGAAGGACGGCCUGGAUAAUUGAUCACUUUCUGGAUUGGAAAGACGAUCAAAGAUGCUG